CGCUCUGCUGCUGAUCGCAGACAGCAGUGUUCGCCUGCGCAGCAGCGCGUUUUGUUAUAUAGAAUCUACGUGUGUGGGUGUAUAUGUGGAGCGCGAGGAACCGCCGGUGGCAUCGCACCAGCCGAAGCCUCACCAAGUCGGGCGAGGGAGCGCCGAGCAAAAUCAUCCGCACAGCGUCCGUUCUCUCCGUCGAAAAGGGAGGGAAAGUGCGCGGAACGUAAAAUUUUUGUUUAAAAAGUGGUGACACGCGAUCAGUCUUCUUCUUCGUUCGUCAAAAGAAAAAAAUGGGUCCAGCGUGCUUCGAGCUGAUCCUCGUUGGCUUCAUCCUAGUGUUGCCGUUCCUCUAUGAAACAAGCCGCACCUUCCGCUAUUAUUUUAAGUUCCUCGUUUACUACGGCAUUGUGAUGGUGAACGCGGCUCUGCUUCUGCCCGCGUUCUCGCUGCGGCCCGGCAACGUCAAGAAUUUUCUACUGGCAUCGUCGUUAUGUCAUCAUGUCAGUACUCUGCUGGGAUUGCGUUGGGAGCUGAGAGGAAGGGAACACUUGGAGAAAGACAGAGCUUGUAUAAUUGUGGCGAAUCAUCAGAGCUCGCUGGACAUAUUGGGUAUGUUCGAUUUGUGGCCGGUGAUGGAUAAGUGUACCGUCGUGGCCAAAAAAGAGAUCUUCUAUGCGUGGCCAAUGGGCCUUGCCGCGUGGCUUUGCGGCCUAAUCUACAUCGACAGGAUGAACUCCGAGAAAGCGCGAGCCGUGCUGAACACCGCCAUGGAGAAACUCAAAGACAACAAGAUCAAGUUGUGGAUAUUCCCCGAGGGUACCAGACACAAUACCGGCGAGAUACAUCCAUUUAAAAAAGGUGCUUUCCACGUAGCAAUCAGAUCGCAGUUACCUAUACUGCCAGUUGUAUAUUCGUCUUACUAUUUCUUGUCCGCGGAAGAGAAGAGGUUUGAUGCCGGUCGCAUCCUUGUGACUACAUUGCCACCUAUUUCCACUGAGGGACUCAGUACGGAUGACGUGGAGGAGCUAAUGGAAAAGACGCGAAGCGCCAUGAGCGAGGUGUUUCACGCGGCAAACCGUGAGAUUCAGCUGUCUCUUGCCGCCGGUGAGAUAUUAAAAAGCGUUCUAUAAGAAUGAUGACAAACGAAUAAGAUGUGCUAAUGCUUUUCUACAAAGAUAUUAGCGAGUAAAUUUUUGCGCAGGAACCAAAGACUAAAGCAACCGUUUCACCAAUGUCCUCUAUUAUAUGUAUAUUACGCUAUUGUAUUAUUAUAUUUUAAACGUCUCUCCAAAGCUCCAUGAGAAUGGACAAAGAUAUCGUUCGAUUCGAUUUUUACGAUAUCCAAAUCACGAUAUCUGUACAACAAUACAUUUGUACGCUCCUUUACUUAUUAAUCUAUUUAUUUUAGCUGCGCAGAUCACGCGAGAAUCUAAGUAUCUUUUGUCGCGUAGUUCUUUCGUUUACGCGUCUGUAUUCUCUUGCGUCGAAUUUAAUCUUAACGAUAUAUAAGAUAUAAAUAUUAUUGUGUGUUCCCGUGUGUCAGUGAGAUUACAAUGGACUUCCGUUUCCGUAUAUAGAAGUUUUUGCCCUUUACUUAAAGUAAGUUAUUACGAACUAUAUACAAAACACAACAAUACAUUGUUGACUUACUUACAAAUCUGCUUUGAUUGCAAACGGAAAUAGAAGUCCUAGCGAAUAAAUCUUUUAUCGUCAAUGUAAAAACGUUAGUCGUGACGUACGAAGCUGUUUACGAGAGUGAUUGCUUUAUAUAUCUAUAAAACAAGCAAGGAGACAAACAAAAUUGCAUGUGAGUAAAAAAAUAUAAGAUCGAACGGAAUAAUUCAUAUGCGAUUGCUGAAUAAGUAUAGAGAAACAUUCCUUUUGGAUUAAAUAUAAAUUUUAAACGUACUGUACAAUAUACAGCACUUUUAUGAGUAGAUAUGAAUAGAAUGAGAGAAAAAGAUAUGUAUAUACAUAUAUCAUGAUUUCGUAAAGUUACAACUUGUACAUAUAAUUCGUUAGAACGUGUUUUAUAAAUUGUGGGAACAUGUUGUUAGUGUUUAUAUACUUAAACGGAUUGUACUAAAUUUAUAUUAUUAGACAUAUUUUGCUAUAUAAGAUAACGCGCUUGUACAUUCCUGUUUGUCUGUUUUUUAUGCUUCCACUUAUUUUAUUUGAUACAACUGUAUAUCUAGAAAAUGAAUUAAGAAAUACGUAUAAUAUAUUAAAAAUUUACACACUUAAGUGAUUUACAGUGAAGUGCACCUUAAUUUUAAAUAUCUUAGAAAGAGAGAAGUUGGACUUUCACACAAAACAGUCUUUUUUAACCAAAACAAAAGAUGAUGCAAUAUUUAUCGAGAGUACUCUUUGAAAAAUUUCUAAAAACUCGCGAAUUUUUCGAUCACACGAGAUGCAAUUGUAUAACCAUGUGGAAAUAUCGUUAAAUAAUAAACUUGUCACGUUAGUAGUAUUAUCUUCCUGAAUAAAUAAAUAAAAAAACAAAAACGCACAAUUUUCUCAAUUGAUCGUAUUUAAUAAAAGUUAAACGCUGCGUUUAAUGUACGAUUUCUAGUGUAUUUAAUCGAAGUAUCUAAUGCAUGAAUAUAGAAAUUUGGAGAAAACUUUUUGUAAUUUUUUAUAAAUCUAAAAAAAUUUUUUUUGAACUUACAAAUAUUAUAAACAUCUGUGUUCUUUCCUCAAAAAAUUAUCAUCUGAGAGGCGGCACUUUACGUUUACUUACGUAUAUGAUUAAUUGUAAAUCACAUGAUACCUUUGAAUAAAUCUUUUACUUAACGAGAUUACACAUACACGGUCCUCUAAUAGAGAUUUAUUUCAGUGCCAAUUUAUACGAGAAGAGCAGCUAUUGUAUGAUAAUUACACUUAUUGUAUAAAUAAUUUUUUUACGUAAAAAUAACUAACGCAUUCUAUCACUUCAAUACAGAAUUAUAAAUUGUUGCAUUUUUUCGAAUGUGAGAAUGUCGAUGGCAUCGAUUUUAUAAGACAACGUUACAACAUAUGUAAAAGUAGUAUAGCUUAUUAUUCCAAAGAAUAUACAUAUAUUAUUAUAUUUUUAACUCAGGCAAUGUAUUAUACAUUAUGAUGUUACCUGUGAUCCGUCAAACACUUAGCAAACAUUAAUCACGUCAUAAAAGAUAUUCAACGAAUUGUUAUAUGUACAUUAUGUAAACUUUUUAUCUGUGAACCGAUUCACAAUUGAUUAAGUUUAUCGAAAAUGGUUUUGUAUAUGAUAUGUAUAAUUGCAUUGUAAAUUAAAACAUAGUUCGCAAAGUGUAAGAGCAAGUAAUAAAAUAUAUCUGAUUUUAAUGUUGUUUACUG